AUGGCCGACUUAAUGGACAAGGACCUGGAGAAGGGGAAGAAUGUAGACCCCCUGUUGAUCGACGAGACUGGUCGCAUUCGACGCCUACCAGUGCCCAGCGAUGACCCUAAUGAUCCCUUGAACUUCUCUGUCUGGGAGAAGACGGCCAUCAUUGUUUGUUGCUGCUGGUUCUCAAUCAUGUCGCUGUCGGUGGUGGGAGGGCUAGGAUCCGUCCUCGAUGUCUUUUUCCAGUUGUACGGCGCUGAAGGACGCACCACAAACCAGGUCGUGUGGCUAUCAACCUUCCCUUCCCUGUUCGUGGGCGUGGGCAACUACAUCAUCCUACCCCUCGCCCUUGUCUGUGGUCGACGACCCAUUAUGCUUAUCACCACAGUCGUCCUGCUUGGCUCCCUUGUGGGAUGUGCGCUGUCUCAAAAUUGGGGCCAGCACCUUGGCUUCCGUAUUCUGAUGGGAUUUGCCACGGGCGCGACGGAAUCACUUCUCCCCCUCAUGCUUGCUGAGUUGACCUUCGUGCACCAACGCGGCACCAUUUACGGCAUAUACUGGGCAUCGCAGAACAUAAUCACCAGUCUUCUCACCCUGGGAAGCUCCUACGAGGUAGCCGCGCUGGGGUGGCGCUGGUUCUACUGGGUCUUCGUGCUGACCGUCGGUGUCGGGCUCGUCAUUGUGGUCUUUGGCUGCUUUGAAACUCGGUACCAGCGCGGCGCCAUCUUCCUCCAGAACCAAGCCGUCAUCACGGAUCAAUACGGCGUGACGAGAGUGCUGAACGAGGAAGAAGUCCGCGCCUGGCUGGCGGCUCAGAACGAGAUCGGCGCGCCAGGGGCCAAUGCGCGACCCCCCAUGAAGAAGACCUACCGACAGAUGCUCAACCCCUGGUCGGGAGUGUCCGCUCACCCGGUGCGCAUUGUGCUCAAGACCUGGUGGCAGAUGCUGGAAAGCUUCAGCUCGCCCGGUGUGCUUUACGCCACGCUGCUCGCCUCGGUCGUUCUCGGCGCGUCGGUCGGAAUCUCCUUGACUUACAACACGGUCCUCCAGUACAACUACGACUGGAGCGCGGCGAGUAUUGGUCUGAUUAAUCUCGGUGGUGUCUUCGGUGGACUGGGCGGGAUGUUGUACGCAGGCAUCUUCGGCGACCGGUUCAUUGUCUGGGCUGCCAAGCGCGCAGGGGGCGUGCAUCAACCCGAGCAUCAUUUGCUCCUGCUGAUCGCGCCGGGGCUGCUGGCGGUAGCAUCACUGAUUCUGUAUGGAUUCACCGCAGAUGGCAACGCCACCUGGGCGGGCCCGUUCAUGGGCUGGACGCUGUUCCAAGUGGCUUUCGUGUCGGUGCUCAUUCGCACGACGUCCUUUGCCACCGAAGCAUGGGAGAAGAACCCGGGCCCGGCACUGGUGACAGUUGUGGGGACGAAGAAUCUGGUCAGCUUUGGGGUGAGCUACGGGUUGAAUCCGAUGGUCGCCAAGUAUAGCUAUCCCGCUGCCAUGGGCAUCUUGGCGGGUGUGGUCGGAGGUGUCUUGCUUCUUGGCAUCCCGGUCUACAUCUUGAAUCCGAAGUGGCGGCAACGUAUGAGUGAGAAGAAGGACUGA